CUUUACCACUAUCCACGCUCAUCUUCUCUCUCUAUAAAGGCAAGAUCAUCUAGCCCAUUAUUUUCUCCUCUCACCUUUUCAAUAUGACUGGUAAUCCCUGCUCAAAAUUCUACACAGACUGGUACAAAUUCAACCCUUCACACCAUUUUUCCACUAAAAGUCCUCAUCACCUGAUGACUCCCUAUAUUCACGACAAUUCAUUACACAGUACUCAAACCCCACCUCCGUCUCCAGUGAGGGAAGCUCUUCCCCUUCUGAGUUCAAGUCCCAUAACUACAAGAAAUAAUGAAGAAAAACAAGAACCAUCUUGGAUUUUAGACAUGGAUAUUUACAAAAUCAAAGGGACUGAAGAUAGGGUUACUGCUGAUAAUGAAGAUGUUACUGUUGCACUGCACAUAGGGUUACCAAACCCUAGUGCUGCUGAUCUGGCAUCUAUUCUCUCUGAAACAAGUGCUAAAGAUGAAGAAGCUGAUGUUUCAAGGUACCCCAUCAAUAGACUCAAUAAGGGACAGUACUGGAUCCCUACCCCUUCUCAGAUUCUUAUAGGUCCAACACAGUUUUCAUGUCCUGUUUGCUUCAAGACGUUCAACAGAUACAACAACAUGCAAAUGCACAUGUGGGGGCAUGGAUCGCAGUAUAGAAAAGGGCCUGAAUCUCUAAGAGGAACUCAACCAACAGGAAUGCUCAAACUCCCUUGUUAUUGCUGUGCACCUGGCUGCAAAAACCACAUUGAUCAUCCAAGAGCAAAACCCUUAAAAGAUUUCAGAACCCUUCAAACACAUUACAAGAGGAAGCAUGGAAUCAAGCCUUUCAUGUGUAGAAAAUGUGACAAAGCUUUUGCAGUGAGAGGAGAUUGGAGAACCCAUGAGAAAAAUUGUGGUAAACUUUGGUACUGUAUUUGUGGUUCUGAUUUUAAGCACAAAAGAUCCUUGAAAGAUCAUAUUAAAGCAUUUGGACUUGGUCAUGGAGCUUUUGGCAUUGAUGGUGUUGAAGAAGAAGACGAACCUGCAUCAGAAAUUGAACAAGAUGACGAAUAUAUACAAUAAAUUCCUUUUCUAAGAAUAUCUCAAUUUUAAGAGGCAGAUUUUGCUUUAUCUUGCAGGAUUUUCUUGGCAACGUAGGGAAAUAUAUGAUGAAACGCAACCUCAGCUUGGGCUAUUUUCUUGUAAAUUAAUUACUCCUUUUUGGGUUUCAAGUA